GUCAAAUUGGAUGCCUUCAGCUACUUCUCCUCUCUCUCGGGCAAACAAAACCACUACUUGACUUGUCGUUUGACACAGACGACUCGUCGAGUCCAAACUUCUUGUUGUAAUCAUGAGAUGUCUUUGAAAGCUGUGAAGUCGCUAGAGAUGCAUGAAGCUGACACACGUCGUAACAGUGACGGAGUUGGAAUUCUCCGUUUCUUAAAAGCGAAAAGCUAUCUCGUUACUGGUGCAACAGGGUUUCUUGCUAAAGUAAUUGGAGAUAUUGGAGAAGACAACCUCGGGAUCGAAUCUGAAAUAGCUGAAAUGAUUAGUGAAGAGAUUGAUGUCAUUAUCAAUUGCUGUGGUCGUACAACAUUUGACGAUAGAUACGACUCUGCCCUAAGUGUCAAUGCUCUUGGACCUGGUAGGCUCUUAAGCUUCGGAAAGGAAUGCAAGAAACUGAAACUUUUCCUUCAAUUUUCAACUGCUUACGUGACUGGUAAGAAAGAGGGGAUAGUACUAGAGACUCCUCUCUGCAUUGGAGAAAACAUAACUUCUGACUUGAACAUCGACUCCGAACUGAAACUAGCGUCAGAAGCUGUAAGAAAGUUCCAUGGCAGUGAAGAAACCAAGAAACUGAAAGAACUCGGUUUUGAAAGAGCACAACAUUAUGGCUGGGAAAACACUUACACAUUCACAAAAGCCAUGGGUGAGUCUAUAAUUCACAUCAAGCGAGGAGAUCUGCCCGUAGUGAUCAUAAGGCCUAGUAUUAUUGAAAGCUCUUACAAGGAGCCUUUCCCUGGAUGGAUCCAAGGAAUAAGAAUGGGCGAUCCAGUCAUCGUGGCCUAUGCCAAAGGCCAGAUUUCUGACUUCUGUUUAAAGCUUGGUAUGUUUGACGACACAAAUACAACAAGUCUGAUACAGGAGAUGUCAAUGGAAGAGAGAAAGAUGUUUGAGUUUGAUGCGAAAGGCAUUGACUGGGAGCAUUACAUUGGCAAUGUUCAUCUUCCAGGUCUCAAAAAGGAAUUUCUUUCAGUGAGAAGUCUCAGUUAAAGAGAGUGGUUUAAAAUAUGAAUGUUAUAGCAAUCAAUCACAAGCUUAAAUAAUGUUAUAGCAACCAAUCAUGGGUUUUCUAUAUAUUUAAGCUCUUGCCAGAGCAGUAGGAUAUAAGUUGGGUCUUGUAUUUCACUAUUUCCUUAGUUUUCUAAUAAGUUGAUCUUCUUCUAUAUAAUCAACCAUCUUUACUUAG